GUGUGGCCGCUAGAGGGCGGACACGUCACAGCGAAACAGGGAACAGAGGAAACGUCACUUCCGCCCACGAAGAAGACGACAGACAACAAUCUCAAACAUCUGAUAUUUUCUCUUCUCAACGCGGAUUUUGCUGAAUUUAUUGGAUUGGUGGCCGCUUUGCACCAAAGGGACGCCAUGCCCGUCAUUUGUGCGGCAACAGGGUGCAACAACAAGUUUGUUAAAGGGUCGGAAAUAAGAUUUUACAGGUUCCCUCUGAGUAAACCCCAGCUUGCCAGCAAAUGGGUGCAGAGCCUGGGGAUGAAAAACUUCAUCCCCACGGCCAACACCUGCCUCUGUUCGGAGCAUUUCCGGACCGACUGUUUCCGGGAUUAUAACGGGAAGCAGUUCCUAAGGGAGGACGCAGUUCCCACCAUAUUUUCUCAAGGCCCGGACUCCUCUAAG